ACGCGAAGUCUCACAUCUUGUUUCAACUGGGACUAAUUACUAAACGGACAGCCACACGUUGGUUGAGGGUCAAAUAUUUUGAGGAUGUGCAGGUAGUUUCAUCGAAAUGUCAAGUUUCUCCCGCUCUGCCCAGCAAUGGGCGACCUUUGCUCGUUCCUGGUUCCUGAUCGAUGCCCGAUUGCAGCCUCCUGGGAAGAUUGCGACUAUGUGUUCUGUGAGGUUACAGGGGAAACACAAGCCUAUCUACCAUGCAUUGAGUGACUGUGGUGACCAUGUUGUAGUUAUAAACAGCAGACACAUAGCUUUCUCUGGAAACAAGUGGGAGCAGAAAGUCUACUCAUCUCACACUGGGUAUCCAGGUGGAUUCAAACAGGUCACAGCUGCCCAGCUGCACCAUAAAGACCCCAAAGCUAUUGUGAAGUUAGCGGUUUACGGCAUGCUGCCAAGGAACCUGCUGCGCCGCACCAUGAUGCAGCGACUACACAUCUUCCCUGAUGAUGAGCUACCAGAUGACAUCCGAGCCAACCUGACGGAGGAGCUGCCACAGCCCAGAGAAAUCCCCAGGAAACUCAGCGAGUACACACAGGAGGAGAUAGACGCAUUCCCCAGGCUGUGGACACCACCUGAAGACUACAAGAUGAAAUGAAAUCAAGGCUGCCCAACGUGACCGAGGACCUGAAUUAUCCAGAAACAGCUUGAGAUUCCACCAUGCGGCUCCGCUCUGAUCAGAGAAAAUCAGAUUCCGUGGGUUUUCCUCUAUUAUGCAACCAUGAAACGAUCAGAUCUGGCUCAUAAAAAUGACAUUUGUUAGAGCUGAUCCUGCUUUUAAAGGUUUGUGGGUUCACAGUGAAACCAAUUAAUGUGUUACUAUGACAACAUGGAGGCCAUCCGUGUGGUUUUAGUCAAAACAGUUAACUUUGGUUAAGAAAUCCUGAGCUUUUUGUUGUCAGUGUGUCAGAAAUGUCCAGAGUGUUGUUCAAGUAUGAAUCAAUUCUGUUGUAAAAUAGCUAAUAAAGAAUUUAAUAACCCUU